AAAAAAAGCCAUGACAGAAGACACCAACAAAAUAGCAACUGGUUUUCCUAUUCUCCACCAAAUGUAUAAUUCUUAGCUGUGUCCUAAACAGUGGGCCAUGCACAUAUUUACCCUCUUCACUUCACAUCAUCAUCAUUCACUCCCUUCUUUAUAACACAACCUUCCUUCUCUUCACUCCUCACACCAUUCUCUUUUCAUUCAGACAUUCAUCAAACACUUUCCCUCAUUUCACUUUUUCAUUCAGACAUUCAUCAAACACCUUCCCCAAAAUGGCCAAACUUGGAAAACUAACAAAGCUAAAGUCAGCUAUCAAAAGAUGGCCUUCAUUGACCAAACUAAGCCGCAAUAGUAGCUCUCUCUCUGCCUCCACCAAGCACCAAGAACAAGAACUUCAUGCUGUUUAUGUUGGAAAGUCAAGGCGGCGAUACCUCGUGAACUCCGAUGUUAUUCAACACCCUGUUUUUCAAGAGCUAGUGGACAGGACAUCAUGUGAUGAUGGUGUUGUUGUUGUUUCUUGUGAGGUUGUUUUGUUUGAACAUUUGUUGUGGAUGCUUGAGAGUGAUGAAAUUGAAACACAAUUGGGGUCCAUGGAUGAGCUUGUUGAGUUCUACUCUUGUGCAUGUUGAAUCUCAUGCUUUGCUGACUCAGCUAGCUAUAGUAACUGACUUCAAUUGUAUUUGUUUUCUCAAAGGGUGAAUUUCUUUUUUUUUUUUUUUUUGUUGUGGUGAAAUAUUACUGGUCAAUUGAGAUUGAUUAAAUGUAUUUAUUAAAGUGAACAUUUGUUUGAGUUAAUUAAACAUGAAUUAUGUGCAGUGAGUUA